AAACAUACAUUUACAUGUGUAUUUAUGUUUAUCCUGAGCUAAAGGAUACAGUUUUUGUUCAUGUGUAUCCCGAGAAGGAAAAAAAGGAUAUGAAUUAAUUGUUGUUAAUGUGCUAAGCCUUGUGUGUUUUUUUAUUCGUAGUGGCUAUAAAUGCAGACAUGUGCCAAAAUGUGUUCUAAUAUUAAUAAUUUUAUGUAAAUUCAAAAAAGACCCGCCCUAACGGGGAAAAGUUGAUUGAACCCUCGCAAAGUGAUAAGAAAAAGACAAAUAUGGCGGCCAGGCAGCAUAUCGGAACUGAGGAUAUGACAUCCAUAUCAGAAAUAGACGAAAAUGGAAUAAACUGCAAUCUCAACCUUCGUUACAGUAGCGAUAAAAUAUACACUUACACCGGCUCAAUAUUAAUUGCUGUUAAUCCAUAUAAAUUUAUUAACAUAUUUAAUAAGGAGCAUGUCCAUAAGUAUCACAAGUGCAAACUGGGAUCCCUGGAGCCACAUGUGUUUGCAUUAGCAGAAGCCGCAUAUAGAAGCAUUGUUGAUGAUCAAAUAAAUCAGUCAUGCGUCAUAUCUGGAGAAUCUGGUGCUGGGAAAACGGAAACUACCAAAUUUAUUCUUCAAUAUCUUUGUACAAUAACAUCAAAUGUUUCAACGUGGGUGCAGCAGCAAAUUUUGGAGGCUAAUACAAUCUUAGAAGCUUUUGGCAAUGCAAAGACAAUCCGAAAUGAUAAUAGUUCUCGGUUUGGUAAAUUUAUGCAAGUCUGUUUCGAUGGAGCACAUUCGAUUAAGGGUUGCGUGAUACAGGACUAUUUACUCGAACAAUCACGGAUAACAUUUCAAAGUCAUGGAGAACGAAAUUAUCAUGUUAUGUAUCAGUUGGUGGCUCAGGGUCAAAAGAAUGCAGAUAUUGCAGAAGCACUUCAUUUAAAACCGCCGGAAUUUUAUAAAUAUUUAAAUACUUCAGACGACAUUCCAAUCGAUUUAGAUUUGGAAUCAAUUAAAUUUGAUGCACUUACAAUGGCGUUCACAGUGCUGCAGAUUCCGCAAGCCAUAAUUGAUGGGGUAUUCAAGAUCUUGAGUUCAAUAUUAUGGCUUGGUAAUAUUGAAUUCAUGGACAUUGAUGGGGAACGUUGUGAUUUUUCAACUAACGAUCAUGAUAUCAUAUUGACGCUAUCAAAGCUUUUGGGUCUAAACUCUGAUGAUCUUAGAAAGGUUUUACUACUUCGGCAAAUAAAUGUUCGUGGUAAUAUAACUGAAAUACCUUUAAAAAUGCCAGAGGCAAUAGAGAAUAGACAUGCAAUGGCAAAAGCUUUGUAUUCCAAAACGUUUACGUGGCUUGUUACUAAAAUAAAUAGUUGCACGAAUCCAGGACAAGAUGGUACCAAAUUUUUGGGAGUUCUUGACAUUUUUGGUUUUGAAAAUUUUGCACAAAACUCUUUUGAGCAAUUGUGCAUUAAUUACACCAACGAAAAGUUGCACAAAUUCUUUAAUCAUUAUGUAUUUGCCCUAGAGCAAUCGAUUUACAAACAAGAAGAUAUUAUUUACACACAUGUAGAGUUUACGGACAACUCUUUAUGCUUGGAACUGAUUGAGAAACCUCCAAGAUGUAUAUUUAAACUACUAACAGAGCAGUGCCAUAUGCCAAAAGGCUCUGAUUCAGCUUAUUUGAAUAAUAUGCAUGCGGAAUUCGAAUUCAAUCCAACAUAUAUAAAAGGUGCAGAUCGUAGGCACUGGGAAACUGAAUUUGGCAUCAAGCAUUAUGCUGGUGUUGUUCUUUAUGCUGUCGAUGGAUUUGUUGAUAAGAAUCGAGAUGUUCAACAAGAUGUAUUAUUUGAUUUCAUGAGCCGAAGUGAAGAUGUCUUUGUUAAACAACUGUCCAAAUAUCAGGAUCAACAGUUUUCAAAUAAUUUACAAGCCUGUUCAACAUAUCCACGUGGAUCAACUAAAACUAAGGCUACAGUUAGUGAUCAUUUUCGCCAUCAGCUACAAUCUCUUAUCGAUGUACUUCAAAAUACAAAACCUUGGUAUGUACGCUGCAUAAAGCCAAACUCACUGAAACUUGCAAACAACUAUAAUGAUUCAAUGGUAUUGGAUCAACUGAAAUAUCUUGGAAUACUCGACAUAAUUCGAAUUCGAAGGGAAGGAUUCCCAAUUCAUUUGACCUAUGAAGACUUUAUUUCAAAAUACAAAUGUUUAAUACAAAAUAAGUCAUAUUCAGGAACCCGUGAUGAUAUUAACCAUGUUCUAGAAGAACUGAAAGUUCCAAAAACUGAAUGGCAAAUUGGCAAAACGAAAGUAUUUCUGCGAACAAUUGCUUAUGAACCAUUGGAAGACAAACGAAAAGACAUAAUAUGUAAGAACGCGAUCAUAAUACAAAAAUACUGGAGAGGAUAUUAUUCGUUUAAGCAGUACCAAAGAAUUAAGAAGGCUGUGCUGCAAAUACAGCAUGCAUACAGAGGAUGGAAGUUGAGAAUUCGAUUCAUGAGAAUGCGUCGAAGCGCCAUUAUCAUACAAAGUCGUUUGAGAGGAGUUUUUGCCAGAGAGGUGGCAGCAGCUUUACGUGAAAUGCGUCGAGUUGAUGAGGAAAUGAAGAAACGUGAUCAAAUGUUAAAGGAAUCGCCCAUUCAUUCUGACGCUAUUGCCGACGUUGAAAGACUUGUACAGAAGGAGAUUACGGUGCUUGCUUCUAUGGCCGAGCAUAUUAACAACUCUACAAACAACAAAACAAUUGUUGAAAAGAAUUCUCCCGAUUCAGGAGACCAGACAGCUUCACAAGGCCUAGAUCCAGUUGACUUGGACAAUUUGUUUGCAUUCCUAAGCGAAGUUACCACAGCUUCACCGCCCAAUCCACUUAUUGAGGAAAUAAAUGACAAAAUGAAUAAUUUAGUUAGUGAUCUUGAUGAGGAAAUUGAAAUCUGCAUGCAAAAGGAGUCAGCGCAUAUUCCACGUGAUCAAGAUAAUGUUAUAACUAACAAAGGCAUUCCAUCGCUUCCUGAGCCAACUAUGCCACCACCACCUCCACCCACUGCACCUGCCGAAAACAGCACUACGAAGCCAACGAAGUUCACACCAGAACCAAUAUACGAAGCAGUCAAACAGCCGGAAAUCAGUCAAACUCCUCCAAAAAUAGUGCCAGAUUUCUCAAAUGGUAACAACAAAGAUGUCAAGUUAAUUGAAAAUAUGCAUAAUAAAAAGGAGAAGGAAUCUGCUGCACCGACCUCUCCACUCUCGUUUAUGAGAGAGGAUGACGAAAGGGAGCAGAGACGCAAGCAUCGAGUUGAAAAGAAACUCCAGGAAAUGCAUAACUUAAAUGGGGAAAUACAAAAGGAAAUUUGUAACAAUGAUUCUCAAUACAAUAUUUUGGAAUUCGCUGAAAACUAUUACAAUGCUCAUGAGCGUUCAAUGGACGGCACGUUAAUUGCAACAUUGACAAGAAAGGGCAAAAAGAUCAUGGAUAUAAUGCCAAAAUACGAAAUGAUUACGUUUUCCAAAAUAGAAAAAAUUCCAACAUCACAUAUUCACAUGUAUGAUCCAGAAAAUGUCUUGCUGGCCUGUAAUGUUUUUCGAGAAUUGUGGAAGUACAUGCGUGGCGAACUGAAUUCCGAACGUGAACUUCAAAGUAUUCAAUACAUUAUUGGUUUGGGCAUUGAGAGAGAAGAAUUGCGUGAUGAAAUUUUUGUUCAAUGCAUGAGACAAACAACGAAUAAUCCGAAUAUAGACUGGACUGAUCGAUUAUGGCUUUUAAUGUGUCUUCUAAUUGUCGCCUUUCAGCCAAGUAAAAUGUUGUUUAGGUAUUACGUAUCCUUUCUUAAGAAAAAUUUGAAAGUUUUGGAAGGAAAACUAAGGCAGUAUGCUCAAUGGUGCUUUGACAAUUGUAAGAGCACAAAAGUAUCGACGAGGUUGUAUCCACCAUCUAGUGUUGAAGUUGCUGCUAUGCGACGCCUUGGAACUAUUGUGUGUAGAUUUUUUUUCUUGGAUGCACGAACAAAAGCCAUUGAUGUUCACCCAACCGAUACUGCCGGAGAUGCAGUGCAGAAACUCGCCGAUAAACUUAGUCUGGCAUCAAUUGAGGGCUGGGCCAUCUAUCAAUCACGUCCAGAUGGUGAAGAACAUAUAAAAAGUUUUGAUUAUCUAUAUGAUAUUAUAUCCGCAUGGGAACUUAAACAAACUUCCUCAAGUGCCCUGAAAAGACUUUCGAAUGGCUCUACAUCAGGGGAAAAUCGUUUUGUUUUUAAAAAGCGAUUGUUCAAGUCAACGCGUGAGCUGUCACAAGAUCCCGUGGAAGUUAGUAUGCUAUAUGCACAAGCAGUGUACAGCGUGGUUAAAUGCGAUGAUUUUCCAGUAAGCGAAAAAGUUGCUCUCCAGUUAGCUGGUUUGCAAGCACAAGUAGCUUUAGGCGAUCCAUCGAAUCAGCCAAAGCCGGAAUAUUAUUGUGACAUCAAUACGUUUUUGCCCAGCCGUAUAUCGAAAACAAGAGAGCAACAAUUCUGGAUUCCAAUUUUAGCUCAAGCUCAUCGACAAUAUGGCUCAUCGAGAAAUGAACUGACUGCAAAAGUGUUAUAUCUGAGUUGUGUAAUGCAGUACCCUUUAUAUGGUACAACAAUGUUUAGCGUUAUUUACAAGGGCUACUGGAGUUUUGUUAAUAACAUUAUUCUCGGCGUUAAUUGUGAGGGAAUUCUCUUUAUUCAGCCGGAGGAUAAAUUAGUUAUUUACCAAUUCAAAUAUACAGAUAUUGAAUCAAUAAUGCUAGAUCCCAGUGAUAGUUUUAUAACUAUAUCACUUAAUCGAACUUCACAGCAGAUAACUAAGCAUGCUCGUGAUGGAAGCUCUGUGUUGGACUCACAAAAGUGCUUUGUCUUUGAAACAUUGCAGAAAAAUGAAAUAGGAUCACUGAUAAUAUCCUAUUGUCCUGCACUAUCGAAUUGGAUAUUAAAUGUUCUAGAUUGCUCUAAAAAGAGUAAAGGAAUAACAAAUGAAGAUAGAGCACGAUUAUAUCAAAAUGUAGUUAUAUGCCGAAGGCAAUUAAUUGAUAUGGAUGUGGUCAGGAAGCCUCAUGAAUCUGGAGGGUUCUUAAGGAAUACCCUACGUCGUCUUUCCAAGCACCGUAUUGAAAAAUUGAGAACAGAACAAAGAACAAAUACUCAGGAUCAUGGCGAGACAUAUAAGGGAUUUACUCAUUCGUUUUGGGCUUUCAGUAAGCAACAAAUUCCAUUCUGUCUAAGCACAAUUUCCGAUCAAGAUGAAACAAUAAUGGUUCAAAUUUUUGAUUCAAUAUUAACAUUUUCGGGUCUCGGAACAUCUGGUGAAACAAUCAAAAGAGCUGAAGAUGAACAUAUACGCAUAGUGCAGUCCAUAAUGGAUAAAUGCAUGAAAAAGGAAUCUUUACUCAAUGAACUAUAUCUGCAGUUAAUCAAACAAACAACGGACCAUCCGGACGCUAACUCAAGAAUAAAUCUCAAAAACUGGGCUCUACUAUCAGUGGCAUGCAGCGUUAUACUACCAACCAUUAAAUGUAUUCGAAAGUACUUAAUUGCUCAUUUAAAACGAUGCGCCAGUGAUUAUAUAUCUGAAGAGGGAAAGUACGCUAGAUUUGCCGAAAAGUGUUUUUUCAAAACUCAAGGAACCCGUCGACGCCAAUGGACACCAAGUUGUGAAGAGAUUCUAUGCACAACAAAUCGAAGACUUUGCUAUUCCAAGUUCUUUUUCAUGGAUGGCCAAUAUUACUCCAUAGAAUUUCAUCCGAGUUCAACAUCGAAUGAUGUGAUAGAAAUAAUAAAAAAGAAAAUCGGCUUACAAGAGAACUCGAAAGGAUACGCGCUGUAUGAAGUAAUAGGCAAUACUGAAAGAAGUCUUUUGGGUGAGGAGAAGGUAUGCGACAUAAUGGCGAAAUGGGAAAAAUAUCGCAAUGCUUCCCAACAAGGUGCAGCAAAUCAGCCAAAUAGUGCUAUCCUUCCAAGACAGCACCAUUACAUGUUCCUAUUUAAAAAGCAUUUGUUUUGCGACAAUUACAUCAAUUUGGACGAUUCAAUUGAAAAGGAGCUGCUCUAUCAUCAAAAUCUGCAUAGCCUGAGAAGUGAACGUUAUCCAAUCACUGAAAUGGAAGCAAUUAUGUUGACCGCGCUCCAGGGUCAACUGGAACUUGGUGAUUGUCGCGAAACCCUGUGUGAUUAUAGAACAGUUGCCAGUCAUUGUCUUCCGCCAAGAUUUGUGCCCAACAUACCACAUGAGGCAGUCGCUAUGCAUCAUCAGAGUCUACGUGGAAUGCUGCCAGCAGAGGCAAAGAAAGCAUUCUUAAAUCUAAUUCAAAGCUGGCCUCUCCACCGCGCAACCAUAUUUGAUGUUAUGCAAACAUUCACUUCAAACUGGCCUCGAAUGUUGUGGCUUGCUGUCGACCAAAAAGGUAUACAUUUACUGGAGCAUCGAUCUCGAAAUAUUUUAUGUACCCACGAUUAUGAAUCAAUUUUAUCAUUCUCUCCGAAUAUGAACUCUUUAAUGAUAUUCACCGGAACUGAGAAAAAGCAAUCCAAAGUUAUAUUAAGUACUUCACAGGCUUUCCAAAUAACGACUCUCAUAAAGGAAUACUCCGAAAUAGCUAAAGAAAAAAAAUAAAUUAUAUAAAUGCAAAUGUUAUAAUAAAAUAAAUAAAUUCAAAAGUCAUAAAGUUAGUUAUCCAUAAAAUAAACAUUAAUUCAAAAGUGUAUUUGUGUUUCUAUUGACCAAAAUAGAUCUGUUAUU